AUGUCCAAGCUGGGAGCUAUCUUGGUGGUGGGCUUGUGCCUGUUUGUGGCCGUGGCCUUGGCCGAGCCACGCCUUCAGCAAGUUCAGGGGCGGAAUCAGGUGCACGGUCAAAGGGCUCAGCAGCACCCCUACCUUUUCCUGUCCAUUCCCAAGGGUCGCGCCAAUGCCGGCGCCGUCGUCCAGGGCUUCGAAAUUGUCGAGGAGGAGGAGGACGAUCUGCAGGAUGACGACCAGCACGAUGACGAGUUGGAGGAUGACGACGAGCUGGAGCAUCAGCUGGGCCUGAAGUUUGCCCGCAGCGGUCUGGCAUUUAGGCAGAGCCACGAUGACGAUGAACAGGAGGAUGAUCAGGAUCAGGAGCAGGAUCAGGUCCAGGAUGAGCUGCCCAAGAAGCAGAUGUUGGUUAACCGCGACCAGGCUGGCGCCAUAAUGGUGCCCGAUGGCAUUAUCGAAAUCGAGGGUCAGAGUGUCCUGGACGAGAAGACCGGCAAGGCGGCUCUCCUGGUGCCCCGUGCCGCCCUAGACGCCAUUCCCGAUGGCGCGGUGGUGGCUCUAAUGGAGCGAUCCGCCUCCUCCUCCGAUGAAAUCGAGGAAGAGCGCGCCAACCGCGUGGUGGUACGACGCCGCAAGAACAACGGACGCAGGAACAUCCGCCGCCGUGGCAUCAGCAACAACAAUGUCCGACGCCGCCGCCGCCCCGCCCAAAGGCGUCGCCGUGCGGGCGGCAACCGCAGGCGCAACGUGCGCGUCAUCCGCCCCCAGGGCGGCAACCGGAGGCGUGGCAACCAGAGGCGCCGCGGCCAGGUCGUCCUCCAGGGUUAA